UCAACAAUUUUCUUUUUCUUCUUCUCUUUCUCUAUCAUCAUUCUACCUAAAACUCCCUCUUUAUCUCAUCUUCAUCUUCUUUCUGUUUUUCGUCAUCUUCAUCUUCUCCCAAACUCUGGGCUACUUGUUGUCUUUCCACUUGGAGUUGAUUUGUUUUCCUCAUCAUCUCAUCAUCUCAACAUCAUCUCAUCUUUUCCCUUGAAAUUUUAUCCCAUAUGUGUUAUUGGUGCUCUUUUUUUUUGGUAAUAUCUUCGCAUGGAUGAUAAUCAACAAUUGAUGUUAAAAAGAGUAAUAAUAUAAUAUCAUAUUAUUAAUAGAAGAAACUGUAUAAUUUAAAGUGUAAAAAAUGGCCUCAAUCUAAUUCUGUCUUUUUUUUUACUUCUAAUAAUCAACAUCAUCUUUAAACUAUUCUUUUUCUUUUUUCUUCUUCUCACCGUCAUCAUUUCUCAUCUUCCUCAAAAUAUCAUCAAAAUUUUGCUUCUUCUUCUUCUUUUUAAUCCUGUCUUCUUUUCUUCUCAGUGUGUAUACUGGUUUACCUGGUCUCUUGUACUUUAUUGAUGACAAAUCUUCUCUUUCUUUUGAGGUGGUGAUUGAGAAUAAAUUCUUUUCUCUUCUUUUAUUAUCUCUUUUUUUGUUCUUUACAUCAAACACCAGUAACAAGGUUAAAACGGUUAAUUUGGUUAACUGUUUUUCUUUUCUUCUAUUCUAUUUUCUAUUCCAUUUGAAUUGCAAACAAAAAGUAAUCAAAGUGUAUCCAUCAAUUUGUUGUGCUUCUUCUGGGUUUUAUCCCAUCACCAUGUUACUUUUUUUAUUCAUCGUGUUAUUAUUGACCGAAGGAAGUUACCAGAAAUGUUAUGAUGAUGAUUUCGUUUCCAAUGGACAUCAUCUUUCAGAUAGUCCAUCUAAUUAUUCACGUUCCCUCAUCUCUGGGUUACAAAAAUUUUCUUUUGACAUUUUACGUUCUCUUCAUAACUUUGAAUCUAAAGACUCAUCGCCUGGAUUAAUAUUAAGUCCAUUCUCAAUCUGGUCUGCUCUCCUUGUUUCCUACAUGGGUGCUCGCCAUGAGACUGACCGUGAGUUAAGGUCAGUAUUGGGGUUGAACAAUGUUCCCAAACAUGCUGUUGGUAUGGCCUAUCAAGGGUUACGUUUUUGGUAUCAAUUGAAGAAAAAUGUUUCCCUCGUAUCAAAGGAACCAUCUAAAAAGAUGGCCUACUCGAUUGCUAAUAAGAUUUUCAUCAAUGAUGCACUUACACUUAAUGAUUGUGUCAAACAACAUUUCGCAACGGAAGCCGCUUCGAUGGAUUUCACCUCAGAUCCUGGAUCAGCUCGUCAGGCUAUCAAUUCAUGGAUAGAAGAGGAAACUCAUGGUAAAAUUAAAGAUCUUAUUCCAGUUGGUGGUGUUACUCAGUGGACGACAAUCAUUAUCGCCAAUGCGCUCUAUUUUCACGCUAAAUGGUACAAUCAGUUUGAUUCAGCGAAAACUGAAGUUGGAACUUUCCAUGUUACCCCUGCUGAGUCAAUUAAAAUUCCCUUCAUGAAAUUAACCGCCAAUCUUAUGUAUGGUGUUAGUGAAACUCUUAGAUGUACAGUAUUGGAACUUCCAUAUGCUAAUCAAGAUUUCUCCAUGUUAAUCCUUCUUCCUGAUCCAUCGAAAGGUGUUGAUUCGUUGAUUCGUCAGUUGAAGCCCAGUCAUUUGGAUGAUAUUGUGUCCAACAUGUUUGACGAUGAAAUUUCCGUCGUUUUACCAAAAUUCAAAGCUGAACAAGAACUGGAACUUGCUGGUCCCUUGUACUCAAUGGGAAUUAAGAAAUUGUUUGACCCACGAUUUGCCGAUUUAUCCGGUUUCUUUCAACCAAAUCCUCCAGCGUCUUCUUCACCUCCAACAGUUUCUAAAAAUGUUAAAAGUAAAAAUUCAACAUAUGAUUUCAAAUUGUCGACAAAAGGAGUCACAGUUAAUUCAGUUGUACACAAAGUAUUUAUUUCAGUUAAUGAAGAGGGAACUGAAGCUGCCGCGUCAACAGCUAUUCUCAUCGCCCGAUCAGGUCGACCUGCUUUUCCAACGCGAUUUGUUGUCAAUCGACCUUUUCUCUUUCUAAUUAGAGACACAGCAACAAAUGUCAUUCUUUUCAUUGGAAUCGUUCGAAGGCCUGGUGAAUAAUUAAUCAGCUAAUUGUUAAUUAAAAUGCUGCAAUCACUUUUCACUCAUCUUCGCCUUCAUCAUCAUCUUGAAACCCAUCAAACAAUUACGACAAAAGAUGACACCAACAUCAUUCAUCAAUAAUCAACAUGUACUUAUCUUCAUCAAUCUUCAUCAUCAUAACAAUUACUUAAUGAUUGACUAAUUUCUUGGUCAAUCUACUGUAAAUCUUAAUUGUGAUCCUACAUAUAAAUACGUUAAAAUUAAACCUUUACAAACGAAACUGCAUGAUUGUUAUGGACAAUUAAACUCAUUGCAAUUGAAAUUUUCCAUUUGUCCUUAUGUAACUAAAUUGUUUAAUUAAGCUACUUUUGUAAUUGACAAUUAGUGACCACCCAACAAUUUAGAGAUUAUGUAAAAAAAAUUACCUUAAUUAUGUUUAAUCUUAUUGUUUUUGUAAAAGGUUAAUCAGAAAUCUCAUUCCCACUAUUUGUGUAUUUCCAAGUAAUUAUUAAUUAUUAAUCUCUCAAAAAUUGUAAUUGAUUUAGAACAAUUUGUUAAUAACUGACGAUUAAUUAAUUUGCAAAUGUGAAAUACUAUUUAUCAAUUUUUGAAAACUUCCAAGUGAUUACCUUAAUUAAAAACAAUCAACAAACA